GACUCCCACUUCAGGCUCCGCGACGUGAGUAUCGCAGUGUUGGUCGUGGAGGCUGAAACGCGGUGAGGCGCAAGGACAGGAGGCGCUCGUAGCUUCCGUCUCUCCCCGCCGGUCUUACCCUUCUUCUGACCGGACUACACCGACGAGUCCCUCGGCCCGUUACACCUGGACUCUCCCGUCCCCUGUCUCUGCUGCUGCUGCUCCGGCGUCUCCUCCACCACCGCAGGGCCCUCUUCAGUUUCUACAGGAGGAGGAGAAGACGAAGCGAGGGGGGGAAAAGGUGGGUGUUUGCUGCUCACUGGUGCUUCGGCGGCGGCGGCGGCGAAGUGUCCUCGAUGGCCGGCUGGAAGGACGGCUCCGUGCAGGAGAAGUAUCGGCUGGUCGUGGUCGGAGGUGGCGGCGUCGGGAAAUCAGCGCUGACGAUCCAGUUCAUCCAGUCGUACUUCGUCACUGACUAUGAUCCCACAAUCGAAGACUCCUACACAAAGCAGUGUGUGAUUGACGACAAGGCGGCCAGGCUCGACAUCCUCGACACGGCUGGACAGGAAGAGUUUGGAGCCAUGAGAGAACAAUACAUGAGGACGGGGGAGGGCUUCCUGCUCGUCUUCUCCGUCACUGACAGAGGAAGCUUUGAAGAAAUCUACAAAUUCCAAAGACAAAUUCUCCGAGUCAAAGACAGAGAUGAAUUCCCGAUGAUCCUCGUAGGAAACAAAGCAGAUCUGGAGCCACAGAGACAAGUAACCCAGGAGGAGGGCCAGCAGCUGGCCAGACAACUGAAGGUCACAUAUAUGGAGGCUUCAGCCAAAAUCCGCUUGAACGUAGACCAAGCUUUCCAUGAGCUGGUUAGGGUAAUCAGGAAAUUCCAAGAACAGGAAUGUCCACCGUCGCCAGAACCAACGAGAAAAGAGAAAGACAAGAGCGGCUGCCACUGUGUGAUCGUCUGAGUCGGCCUUAUCACUGUAUCUCAUGCAGCUACUCUCGACCACCCCGCCCACUCUGCCUGACAUCACAUCCCUCAGAGGAUGACUGACCGCUGCCUUCUCCUCGUGCAUGACUCCAGACAGCCUUUUCUGAGAUACUCUGACCAGGAACUGCUGUCCAGGACAUCACUGUGGACAACUGGCAAUGCCAAAAUGUUAACACCACUCUACCUUCAGCCGUAAUCUAAUCCACUUGAGAGAGUCCCAACACUAAACAUUGCCUUCUAAAUCCGCCUGACAAAUUAACGUUUUUUGUACUCUGAAGGACUUCUCUUGCCUUGUAGUGACAUUUGUACCUGCUACCGAGAUUGAAUGAAAAUUAUAUAUCUAGAAUGUUAAUGACUUUCUUUAGUUUCCAGAGUCUGAUCAGAGCAGAGAGAUUAUCUUAUGAAGCUUUGUGUAUGUUGUGCCAUACCCACCUUUACUCCCAUGUGCUAAUCUGCUACUGUACAUAAGUGACAUUUGUUGUGAUUUUCAAAGUGUAUUUCUAAUGACUUGUUAAAUCACCACAGUACAGUGUGUGAGGUUGAGUUUGGUUUUACACAUAAGAAAGUGAAUAUAUAUAAGGAUGUAUAUAAAUAUAAUACCUAGACGGCCCUUAAAGCUACAAUGAUGGAACUUUCUACCGUUCUGCAGUGGAUUCUUUACUUUGUCUGUGGUCUCUGCUUGUGUCUCAGUUGCCAAAUGUGGAGUGUCUACUGUAUCUGAUUUUCUCAUUUUAAGUCUUAUAGAUAGAAGGGUUUUAUCCUACGCCUUCACCUCAGUGAAACGAAAGAAAUUAGUCUGACAUUCUUUCCACGAUGGCGACAACUCUGCGUUGUUUCAGAUCUCUAAGAAGCAGUUGAGGAAAAAAGGAAAACAAAUCAAAACACUGAACGCUCUUUGCUCUACAUUCAACCCUCUGACAAAUCCAUUUGUUUGCAAAUCAAGUCGCUUUCAGUUUAGUUCAGAUCAUUCCAAUGUCACGCAUCAUUUUCUGUCAAACAUUUAGUCAACAAUUUCACUGUUCUUUCAUUCCAAUAACAAAGUGGCAAUGUAUCUGUUUUGUCCCCUUGAAUUAUUCUGCUACACAACUUUUAAAAAAUGUUUUAACCCAAUGGUCUGCGAGUGAGAAACCAGGACACGAGGAAGCACUGAGACGAAAACAAGUUGUGUCUCCUCUGGGACAUGAACUCAGCAGACCUGCCACCUGUGGAGUCGUCAUCGCCGCAGAUGCCACGAUACUGUUCUGCCUUCCCUCGCAACUUCUGUACUUCUGUUCGGGCAUAAUACAGUAAAACAGUACUGCAGUUUGUUUUUUCAUAUCCUUGCCUUGUAAUAUGAACAAGAAAAUCAAUGAUGGAAAUAAUGGACUUGAUUAAAUGUUUCUACUCUACUUUUAUACAUUAUUUUCUUAUCAAUCUAGUUAUUAAGUAUUUUUAUAUGUUUAUAAGUGAAUACAUGUUCACAGCGCGGCUGUGUGUAUACGAAAAGAGGAAUAUUCAAUUCUCUUUAUUUGAGACUGAAGAUGACUGUUGGCCCAAAUCUACAAAAUGAGAUUUUCUUUCACCCAAAUGUGACCAAGAAUGUUUUUUCCUUAUCGAGACUUUAGUAAUGGAGUAUUGAUAUUUAUCUGGAGGGGGAUUACCACCAGCCCAGCGCAACACGCCAGAUCAGAUGGGAGAUAGGAAAGAUUGUGGUAUUUACAUGGGAGCUUUAUACCACACUAAUCAAUUAUUACAGAUUCUGAGAUUUAACCAUUUUCCAUCUCAUCGCAAAUCCUAGUGUACAUCCAAAUCAUGUUUUUUCUUUUCUUUUUCUUCCUUAUCAGUGUCUUUUGCCCUGUGUAGUGCUUUUUGGUGCUAGAAUAAAAUCUGUCAUUGAGCCAGA